UUAAUUGAUGCAUUGAUGAAGCACAGCUGUAAUCCAGUCACUGCUCAGCAUUUUCACUCUAUCUCAAACCUCCAUGUGACUUCUUGUCCCCCAAAACUCUUCCUUUUCACCUCCGCCAUUUUAGCUUCCCACUGCUCUUCUGCUCUCUCCAUGGCAGCUCCUUCUCUCUCUCUCUUCUCCUUCUUCUUCUUCAUCUGUCUCGCUCUCAGCUCAAUUAUCCAUGCCCAGGUGGAAGAAUCAGGCUUGAAGAUAUCAGCGGACGCGCUAGAAUGGCCGAUGGCGAUGUCCAUGUACAGCGAUUUGGAUGAGAAAAGUGAGUUCGGUGAUGGGCUCAUAGAUUUAGAUGGCGAGGAGGAUGGUGAUGAAGAAAUGGGUGUCCGUAGAUCUUUGUUCUGGAGAAGAGUACAUUACUAUAUCUCGUAUGGAGCUCUCGCAGCUAAUAGGAUCCCUUGUCCUCCCCGUUCUGGGAGAUCAUAUUACACCCACAAUUGUUUCAAGGCCAGAGCUCCAGUUAAUCCAUACUCCAGAGGAUGUUCGAGGAUCACUCGCUGCAGGAGAUGAGCCUGUCCAUCAAGUUUCUUACUCUUGAUUGCAUGUGUCUUGAUCCCUUUGUGUUUGGUGAGUGGAUUUACCGAAGAACUUGAUUGGUUUUGUGGGUAUUUAAUGAUUAGUAAGGAUUUAUAAUAUGCUAUAUAUUCAUGUAUGGUUGAUGAAGGAAGAACAAUUAGUUGUUUGUAAUGUAAUUUAAAGGUGGUUCUUGGCAA